AUGGUAGGAUUUUUAAUGAACAAUGUAAAAAAAGUUAGCGAUAAGGAACUAGUAUCACCAACUAAGGAGGAUACCAUUAUAACAAUCAAAGGUGAACAAGACGAUGAAUCAAUAUCUGAAUUAGAAGAUGUUGACCGUCAAGGAUCAUCAAUUUUAUUUGUUUCUGUCAUCAUAUUACUCGUCAUUACAUGUUUGACGAUUAGUAUUUGGUUUUCAUCGGAGUUUAUUAGUGAAAUAAAUCAUAAAUGGCAUUGCACUUGUCAAACACAAAAUCGAUCAGUGAAUAAAGAUCUUAGUAAUCAAGUCUUUUCUCAUCAUGAUGCUUUAUUCGCAGUUAAUCGUGGAAAGAAACCGAUUGCAUCCACUUCAAUACCAUUGAACAUUAUACAAUCUGAAGGUCAACAACAAGUCAUUAUUGAUCCAGAGGAAAUUAUAGAAAUAACUGAAACACCACGAUUAAGUUGGACAAGUACAGUUCGUAUUAUCAAUAAUUUUGAGCAUAAUAUUACUAUUAUACGUAAUUAUGAUUUAUCGAAAUGUUUUAUUAUCUCAUUUGCUCUUCAACAUAUACCAGAAACAUCGAAUAUGUAUCAGAAAAUUUUCAAUUCUUUAUUUGGAUCAUUUACGUUUAAUAGUAAUAUUAUAUCAAAAGCAAUAAAACUUCGAAUAAUACCAUUAACUGAAAAUGAAAUAGCUCAAUAUGGUUCUGAAGUUAUUACUACAUGCCCUAUUGGAAUCCAAGCAUUCCGUGUUGUUCCAAAAAUAAAUGAAUCAUUCUUAUAA